CUUAGAGAAGCAUACAUUCUCUACCAUGAGAAUUCCUGCCACCACUGCCUGCCUCUGCCCUUUGCUGAUCUGCCUGUGCUUUGUCCAGAGGAGUUAUGGGACGUCCCAGCCCAGGCCCAACGUCAGAGCACCCAGGAACCAAACCAAACACCUAGACGGAGAGAAGGACGUGCACCACCGGCCCAAGAGGGGCUGGAUAUGGAACCAGUUCUUCGUUUUAGAGGAACAUAUUGGACCAGAAAUUCAGCAUGUUGGAAAGCUGCACUCCAACUCAGACAAAGGAGAUGGCUCAGUCAGAUACCUGCUGUCUGGAGAGGAGGCUGGUACUAUAUUUGUCAUCGAUGAGGUCACAGGGGACAUCCAUGCCACCAAGAGCCUGGAUCGGGAGAAGAAAGGCCAGUAUGUCUUACAUGCCCAGGCCAUCGAUCGUUACACCAACAGAUCUCUAGAGCCAGAGUCUGAAUUCAUUAUCAAGGUCCAGGAUGUCAAUGACAACGCGCCCAAGUUUCCAGAUGGCCCGUUUGCUGCUGCUGUUCCCGAGAUGGCCGACGUUGGCACAUCAGUGUUUCAGGUCACAGCCACAGACGCAGACGACCCCACCUAUGGGAACAGUGCCAAGAUUGUUUAUAGCAUACUGCAGGGACAGCCUUACUUCUCUGUGGAUCCUAAAACCGGGGUCAUCAGGACAGCCCUAUCCAACAUGGACAGAGAGGCCAGGGAGCGCUACCCUGUGGUGAUCCAAGCCAAAGACAUGGCUGGCUCGGUGGGUGGGUUGUCAGGCUCCACCACCAUCAAUGUCACUCUGACAGACGUCAACGACAAUCCUCCCAAAUUCCCCCAGAAAAACUACCAGCUGUACGUUCCAGAGUCUGCUCAGAUUGGAAAAGCUGUGGGUAAAAUCAGAGCCACCGAUGACGAUUUGGGCGUCAAUGCAGAGAUGAGGUACAGCAUAACCAAUGCAGAGGGGAAAGCCAUGUUCUCCAUCACUACCGACACUGACCAGAAGGAAGGCAUCAUAUCACUAAGACAGCCUUUGAACUAUGAGAAGAGGAAAGUCCACACGCUUCACAUAGAGGGAGUGAACACUCACCUGGAUUCCCGCUUCUCCCACCUGGGCCCCUUCAAAGACACCACCACUCUCCGGAUCAUCAUCGGAGACGUGGACGAGCCGCCUGUCUUCUCCAUGGACUAUUACAUCAUGGACGUGUACGAGAACUCCCCUGUGGGUACAGAGGUCGGCACAGUGACGGCUCAGGACCCUGACAGUACCAAAAGCCCUAUAAGGUAUUUUGUAGACCAAAGUGAAGAGCAGCAGGUGUAUUUCACCAUUAGUGUGAAUAACGGGGUGAUUAAGACCAUCCGGAGUCUGGACAGAGAGGAUGUGGCCUGGCAUAACAUCACUGUGAUGGCAUCAGAGGUUGACAAUCCCAGUCACGUCAGCCAUGUUCCUGUGACAAUCCAGGUGCUGGAUGUAAAUGACAAUGCUCCCUACAUAGCAAGAAAUGAUGAAAUCAUUGUGUGUGAAAGCUCCAGGGCAGGACAGGUGAUCCAGACAGUGAGGCCAUCAGACAUGGAUAACUUUGCAAAUGGACGCUUCUCCUUUGCUCUGCCAAGUGAUCUCCCAGUCAAUCCUAACUUCACCUUAAAGGCUAACGAAGACAACACUGCCAGCAUCGUGGCACGGAGGCGUCAGUUCAGCCAGGCGGAGCAGGACCUCUACCAGCUUCCUGUGGUUGUCAGGGACGGGGGGGAGCCCGUCCUGAGCAGCACCUCCACCCUGACCCUCCGAGUGUGUGUCUGCCAGAGAGGAGGUAGCAGCAGUAGCAGCAGCAACAGGGUGAGGACCUGCCAAGUCCCGGCCUUCCUCUCCACAGCUGGCCUGAGCACCGGGGCCUUUAUCGCAAUUCUGCUUUGCAUCAUCAUCCUGCUGGCCAUCGUGGUGCUAUUUGUCCUCCUGCGGAGCAAAAAGGGCAAGAAGGAGCCGUUGAUCAUCUCUGAGGAGGACAUCCGGGAGAACGUGGUCACCUACGAUGAUGAGGGCGGUGGCGAGGAGGAUACGGAGGCGUUUGACAUUGCAGCGCUGCGGAACCCCGCCGGGGCUGAACAGCGGAGGCUGCGGCGGGAGGUAAGGUCUGGGGAGGAGGGGUGGCUGGUGGCCUGCGGGCCUCAGAGUCCGUCCCUUGUGCUGCUCGACACAGAGGACAUGCACCACGUCAUCAGACAGAGAGUAGUAGACGCUGACAAGGACACCAGCGGACCGCCCUAUGACUCCCUCCAGACGUAUGCGUAUGAGGGCUGCGGCUCACCCACGGGGUCAGUCAGCUCUCUGGGGCUGGCCCAGGUCCUGCCCCCUGAACUCAGCUACAGUGACCUGGAGGACUGGGAGCCGGAGGGCCACAUGCAGGCCAGACUGUUUGGGACAGAACUCUCUGAGACAGAACAGACCAUAACCCCCUAAUGUAAAACAUCUCUCCUCUUCUAACCAGUUUAAGGUUAACCUAGCGAUACAAAGCUAUUUGAGUUGUACAACUUGUUCCUUUUUUGUGUGGAAUUGACUGUCAUUUAACACUGGUCUCUGUCAAGUGGAGUGGAGGAAACUAUUUAAAUAUUUUUAGAUAAACAAAUCAUGAAGUUGGUAUAAAAAAAACGAUUUUCCCAAGUGUCUAUUUUUAUUGAUGAAUAAA